AUGAAAUUGUUUGCUCUCGGUAUCUUUGUUGCCGUCCUGUGCACGGCCAACGCUAAAAUGUUUGGAGCGUGUGAGCUAGCACGUGUUUUGUUCAAUAAUGGAUUCCCAAAAUCGCAACUUGCCGACUGGAUCUGUUUGGUCGGUAGAGAGAGCCGAUUCGAUACGAGUGCUCUUAACAAAAAAAAUGCUGACGGUUCAUCUGAUUACGGACUGUUUCAAAUCAAUAACAGAUAUUGGUGCAAAAACUCAAAGUUCCGGGCAAAUGAUUGCAAUGUUGAUUGUACUGCUCUUCUUGAUGACGAUAUCACGGACGACAUGAGGUGCAUCAAAUUGAUACAUAAGCGCCAUGGUUUUGGUGCAUGGGUUGCAUGGUCCAAAUACUGUAAAGGAAAAACGUCAAUGGAAAGCAUCAAUGAAUGCUUUAAAUCUGGUUAA